CAUCAUGCUUCUAGGGCUGCCGUUAGCAAGAAGGAUAAUGUACUUCUAGUAGUUGCAUCGGUACAACAAGCAUCUUCCUUCAUGCCGAUCCUGGCUACAACAAGCAUCUUCUACUUCUACUGGCAUUACUUCUCGUUCUCCUGUACUUCUAACCUGCGCUGUUCGGAGGAAUGAGUUACUUCCUGGAGGUGAACGAACUGGCAGGCAGGUUGCAAGUGAUUUUGGCGCUUUUCUUGACUUUAUUCGCUAUCCAAUGGACGUUAUUGGAAAGAUUGCCGAAAUUUCCGUUUUUAACCGUUCUAGACAAUGUCGCGUAUGCCGUGAUCAUUGCUUUAUUUUUGAUGGGAGCCGGCUUUUGCUUUGCCUAUUUCGCAGCACGUGUGCGUUUGGUACUGCCGGCCGCAGAUGAUUCCUCGACCACCACGAAUGUGCUGUUAGGGUCAACAGCUUUGUAUCCAUCUGUGUCCAUCUUUCUCGGCAUCCCGAUCCCCUUUUUCCAUGAAAAAAUAGAAGUGAAAAGGGGCGGGAAUAAGAGGACCGAGAUGAAUAAUAUGGCUGACUCUACUAAUGCUGCACUUAGCGCAAAACGAUCAUGAUUUGAGGAAGGAAUUCAUCAUAAAAUUCGACUUGGAUAAGGGCGAAAUCAAUGGUCGACCGCAUCUUCAUCAUCAUUCUUGCCUCUUACCUCCUCUUUUAUUGUUAAGACAAAGUGUACUUCCGAGUAAGUGACUAUGAUUUCAUCGCUUCACUGUAGUUGUUGUAGACUGGGAACAAGUCGGAAGAUGACACUUUCGCUUCCAAGUGGUCUAAAAACCUCCUCAAGGUUGAUCCUAGUGCUUGCACUGGUAGAAGAUUCUAAUUACAUCUGUCAUCCAACGAUGCCUCUACUCUCUAUUGACAUCCUUUGCUGUACAAUUCAAUUGUACAGCAAAGGAUGUACAAAUUUGUUUUUAUCCUCUAACACAUAUCAAUCAGCUCUUGCUAGGCAUAUCAAUCAAUCAAUCAAUCACCCUUUGCUCCUCUAACACCCUUUGCUGUACAAAUUUGUUUUUAUCGCCUUUUUUUCGAAGAAAACGCUGACGGGUGGCGCCUACAGAGUGUGGAAGGAUGGAAGGGAGCCACGAAAUAAAUUCUUUAAGCCGAUACGAGGAUGGAAAAUCAAGUUUUAAGGCUCUUUCUUGCGAAAUAAGUGUUGAUAUACUUACAUAGUUCUAGUUGUUGAUUGUUGAUAAUUUAUUUAUAGCUUCUAACUAAGACUUUCAGAGGUGAGGACUUCUUGCUUGGUGUUAUUGCUCUUCUAUUUAGAAGGUACUUACAAUGAAUGUGACUGAAUGACCUCAUAUCCACUUGUCCACGUGGUAAACGGGGGCACAUGAUAUGACAUUCAGAGGACGAUCAUCCACUGCCUGACGAUGAUAAAGAAACUGCUUUCCUCUUAGAGGCUCUAUGUUUGUUCCUUGUAAUACAACUAGAAGGGUUUUUAGGAAGUUCGAGUUCGAGUGUAAAUGGAUAAGGAAGCCGUAAUAUCUAUUCUUGAGUCUCUUCUCUUCCUCUAAGAAUAAGAUCAAGAAUUCUUUGGUGGGGGGCCGUUUCUCGGUAUGGGGAAGGAGAUUCCCUUGCGAGGCGUCGACACAAGCAAUAACGGAAAAGAGCCAUCUAUUGAAGACUUUUAAGAUGACAAGCCAUCUAUUUAAGGCCUCUAAGAUGACAAGCCAUCUACUGAGGACUUUGAUUUGAAGAUGAAUGAGAGUGUUAAGAUCUCUCAUCAACAUAAUCGCGCAUCACUCAGAUGAGUCAAAUCGUUUGAUUUUUCCAGAAGGCUUCAAAAAAUUUUUCCUGCACAGAUUCAGAUGCAUGUCGUGGUCCGCCACCCUUCUUCAUGAUCUUAAAUACCAUAUUAAUGUCAACGAUUGGAUAUGGAUAGCGAUACUUACUUUGGGGUUUGAGUUUUUGAAAAUGUCCCAUGUUGAUUGGACUAUUAAAAUGGUAGAGAGACAGGGGGCUUUAUCUCCAUUUGAAGCAUGAGUAUCUUUAUUCACGAGUUGAAAUUGGAGUUGAAAUUACAAGGGUUUUUGUUUUUUCUAGUUAGGUAUGCUCCACCAACAGUAUACAAUAAAUUACGACCUUCGAUCAUGUCCUCGUUGAUUCCGAC